AUGGUAGUAUUUUUUUAUAUGAAAGAUUUUUUUCCUUUGAAUUUUGGAAAUUUUCAAAUUCACAAAUCCAGGGGGUGGUACCUUCAUCCAGAAUAUAGUAGGGGGUUUUCCUAAGCUCCCUACGGCUGGAAUAUGAAUCUCUAUUCUGCUUUGGAAUAUGUUAAAACAUCAAAGGAGAUAAAUCAGAUAGUAGCUACAAAGAUCUGCUUGCCCAGUUUUAAAUUACCACUUCAGAAUAGCUCCUUAUUGCCAAAUGUUAAUCCUGAUCCUACAAUACUUAGAAUAUGUUAGAAUCCUUUAUUUGAAGCCUCAGGAACACUUAUCUUAUAAGGACAAUUCAUAAAUCAUUAAGGCAUAGAUUUAAAAUCAUUGUUUAAAUCAAAAGGAAGGUGCAUUUUAGAGGACUUAAAGCAAAUGUGAAAUUGAAAUAUCAUUAUGAACAUUACAAUUAAAAUUUUAAUCAAUUUCUUA